AUGGCAGCUGUGCAGGAGCUCGCCGAGCGAGUCAAACAUGAUGGGGAGAAGGUUUUUAUUGACACCGACUCCGGCUCUGACGAAGCUGCUGCGGACGGCUCCGAGACCGCCCCCUUCAAGACCCUUGCUCAUGCCUACGUCGUCAACCACCACAAGCCUGCCGGCUCCGUCGAGUUCCUCAUCCGCGCCUCCCAGACCGGCGCUGUAGGUCCAGACGAGGAUCCUUCCGUUCGCCUUCAGUGGAAAGAGCCAGCCAAGAGCGCGGUAAAGAAGGCACAGAACCAACUCGAUGGUUUCCGCAAGAAGCUGGCCAAGCAAGCGCAGGUGGAAGCAGCCCAAGAGGAGAAGCGCAAGCAGCGCGAACAAGUUCUUGAGGCAGCGAAGAACAUUACCCUCACCAAGCCCGCCUGGCUUCCCGAGGCCAAGAAGACACGGAUUGGCAACAAAGACCUCCGCCUCGGCGAAGGAGAUACCCCUGGCGACCGCGUCAAGGUAGCCGGCCGUAUUCACCGUCUGCGGCCCCAGAAGCAUGCCACAUUCAUUACCCUGAUCGACGGCUAUGGCCAUCUGCAGUGCGUGCUCCAGGCUGGCGACCUGACCAAGACGUACGAUGCCAUGACUUUCGCCCAAGGCACGUCCCUGUGGCUGUACGGCGAGAUGUGCAAGGUCCCCGAGGGCCAGUCUGCCCCCGACGGCCGCGAACUGCACGUCGAGUACUACGAGGUCAUCGGCGCCUCGCCCUCUGAGGAGGACGCCAUCACCAACCGGGUCUCUUCCCAGCAGAACCAGUGGGACCCUGCCAUGCUUGACCAGCGCCACCUGGUCCUUCGUGGCGACAACGCAUCCGCGCUGAUGAAGCUCCGCGCCGCGGUCGAGUGGGCUUUCGUCAAGACCUACAAGGAGAUGAACAUCACCAAGGUGUCACCGCCAGCCCUCGUGCAGACCCAGGUCGAGGGCGGCGCCACGCUCUUCUCCGUUCCGUACUACGACGAGUCCGCCUAUCUCACGCAGUCAUCGCAGCUCUAUCUGGAGACUGUGCUCCCCAGCCUGGGCGACGUCUACUGCAUCGAGAAAUCCUUCCGCGCCGAGCACAGUCUUACCCGUCGCCACCUCUCCGAGUACACGCACGUCGAGGCCGAGCUCGACUUCAUCGACUUCACGGACCUGCUUGACCACAUCGAGGAGGUCACGUGCCGCGUCAUCGACAAUGUUCUCAGCGACCCGGAAAGUGCCGCUCAUGUCAAGGAGCUGAACCCGGAUUUCCAGAAGCCGGUCCGUCCCUUCAUGCGGAUGAAGUACGCCGAGGCGAUCGACUGGCUCAAUGCCCAGGACCCGCCCAUCCUCAACGAAGAAGGCAAGCCGCACGUCUUCGGUGACGACAUUGCCGAAGCUGCCGAGCGCAAAAUGACGGACAUAAUCAACAAGCCCAUCUUCCUCACCCAUUUCCCGGUCGAGAUCAAGGCGUUUUACAUGAAGAAGGACCCCAGCGAUCUCCGGGUCACCGAGAGCGUCGAUGUCCUCAUGCCGGGUGUCGGUGAGAUUGUCGGCGGGUCGAUGAGGAUGGAGGGCUACGAGGAACUCCUCGCUGCAUACGAGAAGCAGGGCAUCCCCGCGAAGGACUAUUACUGGUACACCGACCAGAGGAAGUAUGGCACUUCGCCUCACGGCGGCUACGGUUUGGGUCUCGAACGUUUCCUGGCCUGGAUGGCCAACCAGCAUACUGUCAGGACAGCAUGCUUGUACCCGCGAUACAUGGGACGGUGCAAGCCUUAA